GCUGCUACUGAUGUGAGAUGCGCGAUGUGGAUGGAUGAGGAAGUUUUCAAUUUGGUUGUCUGGUGGUGCAUCUGGGUGAUAUUCAUUAGAGAACGUGGAAAAACGUUAAACAAAAUGUGCACCAAAAAACGAAAACAAGCUGUUCUUAUAGGACAAGUCCAUGUAGUCCCUUCCUGUUUUAGUAAAAAAAAUCGUUUAGUGUCUUAUGAAUACAAACCUGUUCGAUGGGAGAGGCGGGGAUAACAUUUGGCAGCUUCAUCUCUUGUGGGUGUGAGCUGCGAACGGAAUCUGAAUUUUAACAAACGGGAACCGAAUUGUUUUCAAAUAGCUAGCUGUGUUCUCGACAUUGUUUGUUUGCUAAUAUCUGUUUCAUUUUGAUCAAAUUUGUCGUCCGUUAAGACGUCAAUUAAAGACUCAAAACGAGAAUUAAUGGUUCUUGCUCUCCGUUCCUGUUGGAUUUGACCUGCUUAGCUACUGAAGUCCUGAUCAGGAUUCGCGGUCUGUCAAUGAGGAACUACAGGCUCAUCUUUUGCCAUAACCUGAAGCAGCCAUAGAUGACCAUUCGAUUCACUGCUAGUGAGUGGUGCUGAAGAUAAGGUGAACUACUGGGUGUUUUAAGUGCUGAACGACCUUCGGAAGCAGCUCGGCUGUGGAAGCGAUGAGGAAGAGCCUCUCUCCUUCCCCCAGCAACUCCCUGACACCAGCCAGGGUUUUUGGGGUUCCCCUAGAUGAGGUGCAGCAGAGCGGCCAGCCAGGCCAGGAGGUCCCCCUACUGGUCAGGCACAUCGUAGAGUACGUCGAAGAGCAUGGGCGUCUGGAUCUGGAGGGGCUAUUCCUGGUCAACGGUAACGCGGAGCGGGUGGAGUGGCUACGGCAGCGCUAUGACUCUGGGGAGGAGGUGGACCUGGAGAAAGAGGCUGACCUGGCCUCGGCCGUCAGCCUGCUCCGUCUCUUCCUGCAGGAGCUCCCAGAGCCCAUCAUCCCUGCAGGCAUGCAGGCCCACAUCCUGCAGCUCUACCAAGACUACAGCAGUGAGGAGGAGCUCGCCCGCAACAUGAAGUACUUCCUCCAGCAGCUGCCUCAGGUCAACUACAGCCUGCUGCGCUUCCUGUGCCGCUUCCUGUCCAGCGUGGCCUCGCUCCAGGAGGAGAGCUGGAGCAUCGGAGCCCUCGCCGCCGUCUUCGGACCCGACAUCUUCCAUUUAGACACAGAUGUGGAGGACCUGAAGGAGCAGGAGUCAGUGAGCCGCAUCCUGGCGGAGCUGCUGGAGAAUCAGGAGGAGUUCUUUGACUCGGAGGACGAUGACGUUUCUACCACCAACGACUACAGUUCCAUCAACGAACAGAUCACAGAACUCCUGGACGAUGACAAAUUAGAGGCGUUUGAGGAGCUGCCCCAAGAUGGCGAGGAUGGCCCCCCUUCCGCCUCUGAAUCCCCCCAACACAGUAACACCCAGGUCCAAGUCACCCCCUCCAGCAUUAUAAAGAGGACCAUCCAUGCUGCAGUGGGACAGCACUUCUUUUACCUCAAGAGCUCCAUCGACAAUGAGAUCAUCUAUGAGAGCCAAGGGGCGGGCCCCAGUGAGAGGCCAGGGCCGGGGCCAUGUGAGGGCCAUGGUGAAGAGGGCCUGUGUGAGAGUGAGGAGGGCCCCACAAGCAGUUCCCUGUCAGCCCCAGAGACGGAGCAGCACUCAGAGCACAGCCCUGAGGCCCAACAGGAGGUCCAGGAUUGUGACUCCCAUAACGCCGCCCUGGAGGAGAGUUCUGGAAUGGACCUGGACCACGCCGAGGCUCUCGUAGACGCAGAGAACAAUAUCAACACAGCCAGGCAAGAAAACCAAGCCUGUGAAAAGAUGAACCAGGCUGAUCUCAUCGCCUGUGUCUCUGAUGUGUGUGAGUGUGACCAGAAUGCCAACACAGAAGCCAGGGGGUACCCCUCUCACCCUGCCAGCUGCCCCAGCUCCCACCACCUCCACCGCAUCUUCCCCCACAGCCAGUGGGAAGCACCAUCCCCAAACCAUCUCCCCCUCAUAGACUUCACAUGUAUGCACCUGCAGGGGAGAGGUCAUGACCCCGUGCCAGCCUUCAAGUCAUGGCAGGAUGAGAGUGACUCUGGUGAGGCCCAGCUGUCCCCCCUGGCCGGGCGCAUGGUGCCCCUGCCCCACGAGGAGGACUCCCAUCCCCUCAUGGCCCGCCGCUUCCUGGACUUUGGCUACAGCCAACGCUUCCUGCAGCACCCCGACGCAAACUCGCCCACUAAAGCCCACCAGUCCCUGGGGAGGCCUCACCGUGCCUCCUUCACUUCCAAAGAGAGCGCUGUGAGGAACGACUCGGUCCCCCACCAGCUCACCAAAAAGCUGCAGAACCUCAAGAAGAAGAUCAAACAAUUUGAGGAACAGUUUGAGAAAGAGAGGAACUACAAGCCGUCUCAUGGUGAUAGUGCAGCUAACCCAAAGGUCCUCAAGUGGAUGACCGACCUCACCAAAAUCCGCAAACAGUUAAAAGAUGCCAAACACAAGGAGGCUGAGCUGACCACUCAGACGCGGCCACGCAGCAACACCUUGCCCAAGAGCUUUGGUUCCACCCUGGACCAGGCAGGCCACGAUGUUGGUGGAGAGGCCAAGGGCCACCUACCCACUAGAGAGGAGACCCUGAACCUCAUCCAGCGCCGCGUCAAAGGCAAGAGAGAGGAGGACGGCUGGCCAGAGGACACCAAGAAAAUGACCAAGGAGCAGCUGUCGUGUGAGAAGACGGUCCUACAAAAGAACCUCCUGCACUACGAGGGACUCCAUGGUAGACCUGUGACCAGAGAGGAGAGGCUGGUGGUCAAACCGCUGUACGACCGCUACCGUCUGGUCAAGCAGAUGCUCACCCGCGCCAGCAUCACCCCCAUCAUCGCUUCCCCCUCCAGCAAGCGUCGCAACCACACCCUGAAGCCCAUCAUCGAGGGAGAGACUGCCCACUUCUGUGACGAGAUCGAGGAGGAGGAGGAGGAGGAGGGCGAGGUGGAGGAAGAGGUGGCCACAGCCAAGGAGGAGGAGGAGAGCAGUGUGGAGCUCCAGAGCUCGGGGUCGGAGGUGAUCAUGGCUCUAGACCCAGUGUUCCAGCCCCAGACCAGCUCCCAGAGACACAGAGACAGCCUGCUCAGGCCCAAGAUGGAGGAAACCUCCGGGAAACUGGUCCUGGACCUGCGCCUGUCCAGCGCCAACGCCUCGUCAAUGCCUGAGCUCCUGGAGCAGCUGUGGAAAGCCCGGGCUGAAAAGAAGAAGCUAAGGAACACCAUCCGCCAGUUUGAGGAUGAGUUCUACCAGCAGAACGGCAGGAACGUCCAGAAGGAGGACAGGCUACCCAUGAUGGACGAGUACAAAGAGUAUAAACGGAUCAAAGCCAAACUGCGCCUGCUGGAGGUGCUCAUCAGCAAGCAGGAUUCCUCUAAGUCUAUCUAGAGAGAGAAGAGGGAGGGAGGCCACCCUGCUUCCCUCCAUCCACCUGACUGAAGGUCCCCCAUCUCACCCCUACAUGGCCCCUCCCUUAUCAACCAUCCUCCUACCUGCACCCCUGAGAGAUGGCACAGCAUCCACCGUAUCUCACUACUGUCUCCCCAAGACCACCCAUCAGAUUCUGCCAUCCCCAGCUAAUGUUCAGUGUAGGCUCCUUUCUAAGGACUCUGAUGAAGAAGAGACAUCUUCAUCCCGCCAGUCAAGACUCGACACACCCUUUUGAUUUCUUUCUACCUGUUUCAUUGAGGAAUUUCCUCUUUAGAGUUUAGUUUUUGUUUCAACUUAAUUUGUUUCAUUAACUUCAUGUAUGGUAGUUUGUCAUACUGAGAAAUCCUAUUUGACAGGAGCGUGUAGUGUGUUGUAGUCGCCCGGCCACAAGAUGAACUCUCCCUCUGAGCAAGGACACUGCUCAUUCUAUUUCAGAUAUUGAUUCAGUUAACCAACUCCAUCGUCAUCAUUCAACACUAGGAUGUUUUUUGUGUCGUCUUGAGUGAGAUUGUUUGGGGAAAAGUAAUUAAUUAAUGUAUGUUUUCUUGUACAUAAAUAUUUACACAAAUGUUUGUAUGUUACAGUAUGUCAUUUUUCUUUAAUGAAGAGAUUCUCUCAAGUUUGAAAACAAACUUAGUUUUAAGUGUCUUAUGCUAUUCCAAUUGUUACAUUAUUACACAAUUGCCACUAUGGAAACUGAGCGAGUUUUAUCAGUUGGGACUGGUUGGGCUCAUCCUUUCUGUUUUUAUAUUUUAAUAUUCAGUCAUCACUGAAAGGAGUUUGACACAUCAGGUGGGCAGGACAGCCAGUUAGGUUCAUCACUUAGCAUUGUUACCUUAACCGUCUCCAUUUUUUGGCAAUAAGGCUGGACGGCUUGACUUUAGCAUAUAAAUAUGUCCCAAUUUAUUUUAUUUAUAUGCGUUCAAUUUCAGUUGCAGAGUGGAUCUUUGUGAGGUGUCUUGAGUUGGCUCUGAUCUAAAGCUGUUCCAACUGCAUCAGUAUUAUGCUAAAUACAGCAUAUGGCAGUGUUAGGGCGUGAUGACACUGGUUGGUGGAGUGUAUGGGAUAUGUCCCAUAAUGAGCCAGAGUUUUUGGCCAGGCAAUGUAGAGCCAGGUCAUUGUCAGGUCCUGAGGAGUUGUCUGACCACAGAGCUCUGAGAAGCCUUUACCACGGCCAAGCAGAACCAAUAGCACCUCGACCCCUGACAUCAACAAUUUGACCCUGUCCCUAUUUAUCCCAAAGUUCUUAAGGGCUUCAUUCGAAAGGUCACAUGCAACUACAACAGAGUCAAAAUGAUGCAUGUUGGGAAUGACACUGGGGUGUGUCUGGUCUUUUGGCGUCAUGCCUCCUGCCUGCCACUCCGUAGAUAUUAUCGACCCCAACCUUUUGACCCCUAGCUAAACUAGCAGUCAGCCUCGCGGCUGCCUCACAUCACUAUCCUUCAGAAGCUCUCUGGACUUGACAAGACCAAGCAGGAACUUUGUCUGUUCAAUUGACUAGUUCUAGUCCUGGCGAUUAAAAUACACAAACCAUUUAAGAUCUGUUGUAGACUAGAUGCCUACACACUCCUUAGGGCAGGGUGGGGAAUUACUGCUGUAUGCUAGUUGUCCAGGAAUGGUUUGGAAUGAGAAGACAUCCCCAGUGGCACUGACUUUAAAGAUCUGCAUCUGUUUCAGCAGGUAGAAUGUCAGACCAACACACCCAGAAUGACGGAAUCUAGGCUUGCCUGAAGGACGUUUGCGCUGAACCAGGUGUUUGGCCUUCGUCUCUCACUGGGACAAAACAAAGUCCUGUAACCUUUGUUUGAGUUGGCAGGGUUUGGUACACUGUAUGUACGGGUGAACAGUGUGGAGAGGUUCUAGAAGUUAUUUGCACAGCAUUCUGAGAAUGCAGCCCUUGUUUUGUUUGUAGAUUUGUUCCUUUGUUUUAGAAGCACAAUUUAUAUUGAAGGAUGAACGUCAGAAUUUGUAUUAUUUUUAACACGUUUGACCCGUUUUACUUUCUGUGAUGUUCAAACAUGAGAAUGUGGUUGUUGUUUUUUUAUGACCAUUAUUUAGUAUAAUAUUUUUUGUAACCUCUCACUAAUAUAGUGUAGAAUCUCUAUUGAAUAGGAAUCUUCAGUGUUUUGUAUAAGCUAGACUGUAGUUGGCUUGCAUGGCAAAGAUUUGUAUUGUUUCUAUUUUUGUGCCAUGAAGAUCAAGCAAUAAAUUAGUGUUGAGGCCUGUAUCAAUGGAAUGUGGGGCCUUGUUAACCCUGUAUGUGCAUUUUCUGAGUAUACGGCUGAUUCAUGUUUAAUCUAUUACUGGAACUAGCUGUUUUCUACCCUGCAGACCAACCCAUGAAACUGUCACUUGACUAUAACUGCUGUGAGAGUAACACUUCGACUCAGUUUUCUGUCUGCUAAAUCAGCAUUUUUAUCAUUUUUGUUGUCAGCAUAAUGUUGUUUGGAGCACUGCUUAAACCAAAUGUGACAAGAUUAUCAAUGUGGAGACAUAGAUGGAGGCACAUUUGGACCGAACAUUCCGAUUUAUAUUAUUUAAAAAGGAAACAAGUGAAAUUGGUCGAUCGAUUUGUUAUUUCCAUGUCAAAUUCUCUUUUUUACUAGAUGAUUUUUGCAUUGUGCCUGCAGAGCCUGUUCAUAGUCCCAUGCCAUCCCACGCAUGUUUGUUUUCCUGACCCAGGUGGGCCGGUGGCAGGUUGCAUCAACUGACCAGCCAAUCAGCAACCGGCUCCCAGAGCUUCUAUCUAUCUGUGGACCUGUGUUUUUCAUCUAUACUGAACAAAAAAUGUAAACGCAACAUGUAAAAUGUUGGUUUCAAGAGCUGACAUUAAAGAUCCCUGAAAUGUUCCAUAUGAACAAAAAGCUUAUUUCUCUCAUGUUGUGCAUUUAUUUACAUCCCUGUUAAUGAGCAUUUCUCCUUUUGCCAAGAUAAUCCAUCCACCCGACAGGUGUGGCAUAUCAAGAAGCUGAUUAAACAGCAUGAUCAUUACACAGCUGCAUCGUGUACUGGGGACAAUAAAAUGGCACUCUAAAAUGUGCAGUUGUCACACGACACAAUGCCACAAAUGUCUCAAGUUGAGGGAGUGUACAUGGCUUAUGUUAGAGAAAUUAACAUUAAAUUCUCUGGCAACAGCUCUGGUGGACUUUCUUGCAAUCGUUUUAGAGAAUUUGGCAGUAUGUCCAACAGGCCUCACAACCGCAGACCACGUGUAACCACGCCAGCCCAGGACCUCCACAUACGGCUUCUUCACCCACGGGAUCAUCCGAGACCAGCCACCCGGACAGAUGAUGAAACUGAGUAUUUCUGUCUGUAAUAAAGCCCUUUUGUGGGAAAAACUCAUUUUGAUUGGCUGGGCCUGGCUCCUCUGUAGAAAACAAUAUGGAUUUCACAUGACUAGUCAUGUGAAAUCCAUAGAUUAGGGCCUAAUUUAUUUAUUUCAAUUGACUGAUUAUACGGAGUGUAACAGAGAAAUCUUUGAAAUUGUUGCAUGUUGUUUAUUUUUGUUCAGUAUGUAUAUGUUUGUGAAUACUUGUUUUCCUUUAUUUACAAAUUAUGAAGUACAUUAAAAUGCAUACAAAAAUAAAGAUUAUAAUUUACGUG